AUGCAAACGAUUGAGUUUGAAGAUGCUUACGCACCGCAGCGGCUUGGCAACUGGCAAGUGCCAAAGAAUUUUCAAGAGCGGCCCCGGAUUCGACUUGGUGCAACCCGCACAGUUGCUGAUGACAAUGGUCAUUUUGUCGGUGGCCUCCCAUCAGGCGGACGGAAGAAUAAUAACCACCAUCUAAGAUUUCAGAGCGCACCAUUGCCAAAGACGAACCAACUCUUUAUUUCUGGUUUGGCGGUGUCGACGGCCAAACCAGCUAAGUUAGCCAAUAAAGGCAAUCAGCCAUCGGGUGGAUCGAACGAAACUGCAUCGUCUCGAAAAAUCCAAUCUUCAGUGGAAAACGAGCAAGAGUUGCGUGAAGAAGACGAGGAGAGUGGAGAGAACGAUUUGCGAAGUGGGAAAGACGAAAGCCAUCUUCAACUUUUGAAACCACUGAGCAAACUUUCGUCAUCCAUGCUUCCCGAAAAUCCACGUAAAGCGGCCAUGGUCUUGGCCGCUCGCCAAAAAAACCACCGACCUCUGCCCGAUCUGAUGUUGGAGUCGCGUGACGUGCUCAUUCCGCGCAACUGGAACCAGCCGGAAGCGUCGGCCGUGACGGUGGAGACGACCAAAGCCAAGGGACCAACCUCGUGCACCAAACGGAUGGUGGUCCGUUUGCUCCCCGAGGGCGAAUCGGUGAUAGAACGCCGUCCGAACGUGAUGGAAUUGGCCAUCAAGUGGGACGUCACCAGCCCGCCAUCCAGCGCAAGAACGCGAAAUAUUAAUCUUGCUGCCGCUAAUACCAAACCCGUUGAAAAAACACUUGAAUGGCUCUACGAUGCUCCGGUCAUCCAACGCUCAAUCAGCCGACCUGAAUUGAGAAACCAACCUAUCAAUAGCUCAAUUAGUCAAGCUCAAAAAUCGCCUCCUUCCGAUUCAGCGCAUGGAAGUGCCCGUUCCAAUGAUAGUAUGGCUUCGGGUAGAAGCCAUCAAUGUCCACUGAAGAAUGCGGAAACGGCUGUCAAUCGAAGCCGAUCAGAGUUAGGAUCCGAACCGGAAUCGACCAACAAUAGUCCACGUUGGCCGAAAGAUACCAAUAAGGCGGCGCUGGCUGACCUUGACGAACCAGUCAAGAACACGUACAGAUCCGCCGUUUCGUCCGCAAGUCCGCCAAAGAAUCACUUUCUCGUUUCCACUUCCGCUUUCGAAGCCAAGGCAAACGAACGGAGUGAGCCAAUCAUGCUACCAGAAUAUCCACUUCAACGCCGAUCUCCUGUCCUUCAGUCAUUCGCUUCCAAAUCUCUUCCUACCGAGCCUAAACAAAGUAUGCAUCAGCCCCCAUUUCCGUUGAAUGAAUAUCCGCCGCAACAUACGGAAUCAGCUACUUCGAACCAUUAUCGUGCUCGUGAUUCUCAACCAUCACCACAUCAUCAAUGUGAUCACGAUUCAGGUAUCGGAGAUGUACAGGAUAGGCCAGACAUCGAAGAAGAGGAGUACGAAGAUCGACACGAAGAUCCGGACAACGGGAUUCGCCAUUCCGGUCAGUUAUUACGCAGCACUUCUCGACCUUGUUUGGCUUGCCAUUCGUCACCGCAACCGAAUAACAAAAGCAUUAUUAAGAAUCAUAAGAAGGCGCCUUACAAACAAGCCAUGAAAGCAGGAAAGCCUUGCCUCAAAAACCAAGUGGAAUUGGAGAAAGUGAUUCAACGGAGACAGAGCUACCGUGCUCCCAAACCGGCGCCGUUAAGCUCUCACGCACGUCACAUCCGCGGUACGUUGGCCCCUCCGCUGUCUGCCGGCAUCGGCAACGAGCCGAUAGUCGAUUAUCCCGAUUUCAAACGACUGGAUUCGACUUACCGGCUGUCUUACGGGGCCCACACGCAAACUCAACGUCGACGCCCGAAGACACUGACGGCCAUAUUGAACGAGAAGAAUUGCCGGCAAUGGAGGUCAUAAA